UGCUUUGUUACGGUAUCUAGUUAUUUUGUAGCUUUUCCACCAAUAAGAAAAAUACGUUUAGUACAGAUUACGUAAAGUAAUAGUGGGUAAAGAAACCGGCUGUUUAGCCAAUGAGAGCCAUAGGAAACUUUCUCUCUUUCCGAGGGUCAAUCGUCGCAAAUGUUAAGUAUCUUGUUCUUUCCAUCUUAUUUUUCUCGUAUGCUUGGUUGUAAUAUCCUUAAUUUGUUGUUAAUAUCUAAUUAAAAGCGAAAGAAAAGUAUUAUUCAAAUUAUAUUAAAAAAUAAUCGUAAGUCAUGGCUACAAGUUUAAGACUACUGCGGCUUAAUUUGCCGCUUAUGUUUAAUUCUACGUUAAGAAAUACUGUAGGCGGAACUUUUUCAUUCGGAGUAAAGCGUUUUAUUUUUACAAAUAAAACAAUUGGCAUGAACAAUUAUGAAUAUGUAAGAACACAAGUACAUCAACAAUUUAUAAAUGUAGAAGAUUCAUUUCGUAAAAAAAUGAAAGAAAUUGUUGAAGAUGAAAACAGUGUAGUUUUUACAGAAGAUUUAAAAGCUAUGUCUCAUUUAGUAACUAGUACUCCUGACGAUAUAGAUUUAUUUGUUAAAAUGAUAUAUAAAUUCAAUUCUCAAAGCAGUGACCUAAGGUUUGGUAAUUACUCAUUUGGUCCUGUAGUAAUGAGAGCUUUUAACUAUGUGGGCAAACCAGAUAUAGCAUUAUCUACAUUUCUCGAUCCAAAGCUAGCUUCAUUUUAUGAUCAAAGCACGACUUAUUCAGUUUUAAUAACAUUAUUGUAUAACAAUAAGAUGUAUAAUGAAGUACGUCAAGUAUAUGACAUAUUUAAGUCUAGAUGUGUUGAUUUACAAAAUGUUCCAAGAAUUCCAGUUAUUGUUACCGCUGCCGCUUGUUAUCAAGAGAAUACUCCAGAAUCAUUCAAUUAUUUAUUGAACGUUUGGAAAGAAUUAAGUCAACAUAACUUCCCACCACUCCGUAGAUUUAUAACACUCUUAGGGGGCCUAGCAUUAAAACAAAAUUCUCCACAAAUAACUUUAGAAUUAAUGUCGUUAAUAAGAACACGUUACAUCGAUAACAGAUGUUUGAAAAUUCUUGCAUUCUGUAAACUUAAUAGGUUAAAUGAUGUUGCCUAUAUAUUGAAAAGUUCACUCGAAGGAACUUACGCUAUUAAAGAAACCUAUUUUACAGAUGUUAUUGAAGAGGUUGAAAAACAUUUGGAUGAUAAAGACGAAGAACUUAAAUCGAUAAUAAUAAAAUUAAUUUCUCUUAUGAAAGCACAAGGACAUAUAGAAGAGACGACAUUGGAAUCUCAUAUACUUUGUCCAAUUGAAUAUUUGUACUCAAAACGUUCUAAAAAUCAGAUUAUGGAUCGUGGUAACGAAAACAAAAAUGAAUUAUUUAGAUCACCACAACGUAAAAGGAUAAUUGGCUUAAAGGACCUUAUUUAAUUAUAAAUAUCUUUUUCCAAUUCAUUGUAAUGUAUCUAUCUAUGUAUUUAGGAUAUAAUUAUAAUUAGAUGAUCCCAUCUUUAAAGUUAUAACAAGUUCACCAUAUUUUAUCCAUUGUGUUUAAUUAUCAUUAUACCAAUAGUACAUAAUAUCUUUUUAUAAUUUACUGGGUAUUUCAGAGGAAAGUUUUGUAAGAGCACAUGUUAUAACUUUUAAAAGAUUAAACGUAGAUACAAAUUAAU